AUGGAGAUUCGGCGGCGCGUCGCGAGCGCGUUCGUCGCGGACGAGUCGGGCGAGAUGACCCCGCGGGCCCGGCGAGACAGCGCGCCCCGGAGCCGGUCGGGCUCGGAGGCGCCGACGCCCCUCCAGGAGGCCGAGCAGCUGCAGUCGCGCAACAACGAGAUCGCAGAGAUGCUCGAGCGCAACGAGAUCACGCCACUCCUCGCCACGAGCAACGAGCGCUGCGAUAUGUGCAACGGCCUCUGGACAGAUGAGAGCUCGUCGUCGCUCUUCCGGUUCCAUCCCAGCGGGAUUGUCUGCGAUCAAAGCUGUCUCCUCUUUGCAGCGCGCUUCAUCUCGAACCACCCGAUGAUCCAGACGCGCGACGAUUACCUCGCGUUCCGGAAGGACAUGGAGCUCAACCAGUCGGGCGUGUUCAAGAUCACGGCCGAGAAAGCGGUCGACCUCCCGAGCGUGCGCUGGCUCGGCCGCCAGGACCCGUAUGUUCGUCUCGCCUUGCUUCCGUGGAACGAGCCGGUGCAGACAAAAGCCGCUUUGAGCGGCGGCAAGAACCCGACGUGGCGCGAAGACCAUGCAAAUGAAAUGCGUCUGCAGCACCGCUGCACGAGCUCCAACAACCCCGUCCCGACGCUCGAAGUCCAGCUCUGGAGCGAGAGCUACCUGGGCGACGACCUCAUUGCGAGCUGCCUCCUCUCGACGCUGCCGCUCUUGCAGCACCCCAACGUCCACUUCUCGCGCUGGUUUACUGUCACAUCGACGACGAUCGCACCGCCGACAGCCAACGGCGCGCCACCCGUCAAAGCGCGCAUCUCGUUUGGCAUGGUGUUUGAGCCGCAGACCAAGCCGUCGCUGACGCACCGGUCGUCCUCGCUCUCGCUCGACACGAAGGGCGCCCACAAGUUCCGCGUGCACACGAUCAAGUCGGUUGGCGUCCGACUCCUUACGUGCGUCGUCUGUGAGCGCGUCAUUAUGAGCAGCGUCAAGGGCUCGCCUGGCUACCGCUGCGAAGACUGCCACGUUGAUGUCCACAAGACGUGCAUGAUGAGUGCCAACACCAACGUUCCGUGCGGCACGGCGCUUCACGAGAAGGACGCUCGGAUCCCGACCAUGGCAUCGUCCCCCACGGGUCAGUUUGCGUCGUCGUCGCCGGCCCACAAGCGCCGAUCGACGUCGACGGGGUACCGCAUGCUCGAACCGUCAUCGACAACGACAGCGCCGACCUUUGGGAAGCUCUACGUGCACCUCAAGGGCAUCCACCUCUGCUCAAAAGACUGCCAAAGCGACAAGCAUGCGGUCAAUGUGUUUGAAGGCGACACGUACUGCCGCAUGAGCUUUGACGGUCUCGUGCGCGAAACCAACGAGGUCUACAAGACCGCAGACCCGGUCUUUGACGACAAGGUGUGCAUUGUGGUGACGAACCGCGACGCAUUCUUCCGACUCGAGACGAUCGACCUCAACACGAACGCCGUCAUUGGCGAAAUGAAGGUGCUCCUUUUCGAGCUGCUGCAGGCCGACGCCGACCGCGCGCUCGCGUCAACGCCGUGGCUCCAGCCCCUUAAGCAGCUCGCCACCUCGGUUCUGCCGCCCGACCCGCACGUGCAGCUGUACGCUACGCGCAUGGACCUCGAGACGUACCCGCUGCUCCAGCGCAUCAAGGAAAAGACCGCGUCGUGGGCCGAGAAGACCAAGCUUCUCUUGUACGUCCCGAAGCAAAAGGUACUGCUCCAAGGCCGGGAAGAGAAGGAGUUUGCGAUCGAGACGCUCAAGCUCAACAUUGACCGGCUCAAUCACGUCAUCAACUCGCUGCAGUGGCUCGAACAAGAGUACCUCGCACUCAUUUGCUGGAAAGACCCCGUCACGUCUGGCCUCGUGCUCUUUGGGUUUUGCGCCAUUUGUCUCCGCGUCGACGCCGAGUACGCGCCGGCUAUGGUCUUCAUCCUGCUCCUCGCGUACAUGGUCCACACGCUUUUGGCGCGGCUCACGGGGCAGUACGUGCAGGCGUGGGUGGCCCAUGACGACCCGGACGUCAUCGAGCGCACGCGUCUUUAUCGUCCAAUCGCACAUCUCUGGGUCGCGGUCGUCGAAGCGACGUUUGGCCCGGCGUUUUUAGCCCAGAAAGCACGCAAGGAAAACAUGUACACGUUCCUCAAGGUGGUCUACGAGCCCAAAGACGCCGACCAAGAGGACACGACAGGGCUCAUGGCGUCGGGCGCCGAGAGCUACUUUGUCGGACGCACGCACAUUGUGCGAACGUGCGCGCGUCCAAUUUGGCGCAGCGUCGCCAACAUCGUGUCGCACAUUUCGUCGACGACGCCGACGAAUCAAAAGAGCGUCUUCAAGAAGGAGCACGUCUUCCGGAACGUCCAUGCGUCGUGGCCCCAUGCGGCGGGGGUGGACCACCACACGCUUGUGUACCCCCUCCUCCAGCCCGCCAAGACGUUUGACAAUGGUCGCCAGCUGCUCGUGCCGUGGGCGUCGUUUCCGGGCGAUGUGACGUUCGAGGUGUACAACUACUCGGAGGACCAGCCGCAGAUCGAGACACUCGUGGGCCGCGUCCGCAUUCCGAUUGCGACGUUGGCGAGUGCGGACGACACGACGAUCACGCUACCGAUGACCAGUCCCGAGAACGAGCCGCUCGACGAGUGCUCGCUGACCGUGCGACUGCAGCUUCGACUACCCGUGACAAAGCCCACCGACGGUGCGUGCAGCAGCGUUGUUGGCACGCUUGGCGAGCGCAAAAUGUCGCAAUUUCUCCUCGAGGCGCUGCACGAGAAGGACAAGGCGUCGUCGACGCUCGGGACCGUUCUCUUUGGCGCGUUUUACAAGGCCAAAGACACGACCAAGACGGUCCAAAACGCGAUCGGUCGGCUCUGUGCGACGGUUGUGUGCACGCAAAACCUCUUCAACUGGACGCACCCGUGGAAGACCGCUGCGGUCUUUCUGCUCUGCGUCGCGGGGGCCAUUCUCUUUUCGAUCGUACCGGCGCGCUACCUCAUCUUGGCCAGCGGUCUCCUCGAGUUUGGCGCGGGCCUGCGCAAGGAUCGACCACCAAGUAACACGGCGCGCAACAUUCUCUGGAACUUUAUCUCGUCCAUGCCGACCGACAUUGACUUGAUGCAGGCGUACUCGACGGAGCGCGGUAUCUACGCCACCAAGCGGGCCAUAGACGAAGCGACGCAGCUGGAAGUAUGUAAGAAGAUCAAGUUUCAUGCCCUAUGGAUGGGUCCGAUCUUGACACGCGGUGAGAACGACCGGGUGUGGAAGACCAUCUGCCUCGUGUACCGGUACCACCGGUUUGUGUUUUGGAAGUCGGUUGAAGAGGCCGAGUCGGGGCACCCACCGUUUGGUCAGCUCAUCGUCGACCGUAUCGAAGACAUCAAGGAGAUUCCAGACCUCAUGGCCCGCAAGUCGGACGACCCACGGUUCAUUUUCUACGUCUUGGGCGACACGGGCGAGGCCUACCAAGACAAGCGCUUUUUUGGCUUCAACACGAUGGAACAGCGCGACGCAUUGCUGGGUACGAUCAAGGCCCAUGGCUAA